AUGAGCUGCAUGAACUAUGCGCUGCGCCUGUCGAAAAAUGAAAACAAAGGGCCGCUGGGCGAAAAGGAAUAUUUUGAAGAUUCUGAGGAAGAAAAAAGGAAAAUAAAAAAACUGAUUGAAAAAAUAAGAACGAGUAAGUACAUCGUCGUUCAUGCGGGUGCUGGCAUAUCCACCAGCUCAGGGCUACAAGAUUUUAGGGGCCCCACGGGAAUAUGGACAAACGAGUUCCUGAGCGAGGCGAGUAACAGAAGGAAGAGGCAAUUGGAGAAGCGACGAAAGGGGAGGGAGGAAGCGAAGCCAAAGGAGGAUACCCAGGAUGUAAAGAUCCCUCACACAAAUGAUAACCAAAACGCGAAGACGAAGAAGAUACGAAGAAGUUCACAAGGAAAAUGCGAACUCUCCGAUGACCCCGGUCAGCACAGCUCUGUUAACAGAACGGAGGAGCCGCCAUUCGAUUUUGUCAAAAUAGAGAGGUCUGAUAGUUUGUACGAAGGGGACACAGUCGAAUCACACGGAGGGAGAAAGGAUAAUUGCCCAAAGGACCGCUCCAGGGACACAAAGUUAACACAUGGACAGCGUCAAAAUAAUGCCGGCAUCCACGAAAAGGAAUAUUUAAAUGGUUACAACGGGGGAGCACAUGUCGAGGCAGACAGAGGAUCCAUCCGUACUGAAUUAAAUAACCAUUCUUUGAAGGAAAAAGAGAAAAGUGAAAAUUUCGACAUGACACUCCUGCGCAACGGAAUGAUAAAGGAGGAACGGGAAGGGGGGGAAGAAAGCAACCAUAUGUGUGUAAAAAAAGAAAAUGCAGCUGCUACUUAUGAGGGAGACAACCCAAACGGUAGCAGUAAACAGGGAGAUGCUACGGAGGCAGCACAAAACCCCCCUUCAAACGAACACUAUGUCAUAUUUGGAAACAGAAAAAAAAAAGUCAUCGACCUGCACUUAGCCCUGCCAACCAAAACGCACAUCAUGAUAAAGGAGCUAAUGAGAAGGAAUGUUAUAAAAUUUUUAAUCACGCAAAAUAUAGAUUCACUACACUAUAGGUGUGGCACUAAAUUUUCGAAAAUUUCAGAAAUACACGGAAAUAUAUUCAUCGAAAGGUGUGACUUCUGUGGUAGAAGAUAUUUGAGGGAUUUUGUUAUACCAACUAUUAGCUUCCAACCCACGGGAGCGUUGUGCUUUUUAUGCUCCUUCCCACCGGUAGGUGUAUGUACAGAUGUUCUGUUAGACUGGAAUAAUGCAUAUGAAGAUUUCUUCCACUUAAAUUCUAUUAGACAUUCUCAGAUGGCUGAUUUUCACUUCUGUCUGGGUUCCAGCUUUUACAUUGUCCCAGCUAGCUAUUAUCCAUCGAAGAAAAAAUUUGCAAAUGAAAAGUCUUACAGCUGCUUGAUUAAUUAUCAAAAGUCUUCCCUCUCUAAGGAGGUUGACUUAAGUUUGCAUUCUAAUGUGAACAAUAUUUCCGAUGUGAUCAUUAAAGAGUUUUCUCUCGAUCCUCUCUGCGUUAGAAGUGCACUGAUUGUCGUGGUCAGAUGCCAAGUAAUCCACUUUGAUUUAAUUUUCGACAAAUUGAUAAGUGUGAAAAAUGUCAUCCAGGAUGACGACUCUGUAGACUUACCCAAGGGAGAAAUCUCUACCGACCCGUCAUUCGGAAUUGUCAAAAAGGAUGAGCAUGAUUCGGGGGAGGAGUACUCAACUUAUGAUGGGAUGAAGCAGUUAAAUGAGGAUAACAAACCGUCCACACAUUUGCACACACAUCGGAAUGAUUCUGAUGGUGACGCACAGAACACCCAUAAUGGUAACAACCAAUUUAAGGAACAACUCUUUCUAAUAAAAUGCUCCAUGAUUAAAAAUGUGCAUACAAACGAACUAGUUGAAGAGACGCACAAAUUAGGAGUAACCCAGAUAGAUAAGACCAAAGGAAUUUGGCUAGUAAGGACAAAUUUUUCCUGCCUAUUAGAAAUCGAAUUAUGGUACAAUUCCUUCGUUUUGCUAAAAUUAAAUUAUGAUGACAACUGCCCAUUCGUGGAGCUAAAUGCGUGGAGUGUGAACGUGGCUUACACAUAUGGUGACGACAUUGAUGAUGUGGACUACGUCAACAGUAGUACUCCUCAAAGUAGAAAUUUCAAUUUGCACAAAAAUAUGUAUGUGGAUGGUACCACUCCGCAGAUGUGCAGUACCCAAAAUGGUGCACACAUGAAGGAAGAAGUGAACAGCGAGUUUAACCAGAGGGAGGACAGCCUUUCAAACAACCAGAACGACCAUAAUGUACCUCAUGACGCACAGCAGUCGUUGCCCAUUUCUGAAAUAUUGCCCGAACAUGUAUAUGUGGGUUACAAUCCAAACAAUAUUAAGAUGCAGUCUGCGGUUGAGCAGCUAGCCAUUUUGUCCAACUCGAGCAAUCUCCCCAAGCGUAGCAACUACGCUCCCUUCGAACUUCCCAACGCGCUCAAAUUGCUCUACAAUUUGUUCUGCCUAGUAAACAAGUCGCAAAAGCCGGGCGAACAAGUCAAAAGGGAAAAAACACCCAGCACAGACACAAUAGAGAUAGAUACGUUUGUGAAAAACUUGCAUUCGCCAGAAAACGUCAAUUUAUACACAACCGAUUUUAUAAACUCCUUCACACAGAAGGAGAACAUUGCAUACCAGAGCCAUUACACCUUCAGGGAAAGGAAAAAAAAAAACUUAAGUGACUUCAAUUUGUGCUCCUCCUCUGAUGAAAACAAGGAAAAAAAAAUGUUCGUUUUUUAUAACCUAUAUAUGAACGAAAGGAGUGAUGUAUAUAAUGUCUCAAUUAGGAAGCACUUUUUUGAUUCUUCGCUACAAGGUAGUUACUCUCCAAAAAGGGACCCAAAAGGGGACCUUUGCGAUUCCCCAACGAGGGAAGAAACACAUGAAGCGAACAAAUUUAAUGACAACAAUUCUGCAAUAAGCAGCAGCAAAAUUGAAAGUGAUCCUUUACAUGACAUGCACCACUUAGAAAUGGCACCCUCACAGAAUGGGAAAAUUUGUGAUAAAUACGAAAACGUGGAUGAGGACAGCUACCGCAAAGACAGAGCCUCACUCAGUCAAGGGAGUGAACCGAUCAUGAGUAAUGGCCCGAAAGGAAACAUGGAAAUUCCCUCGACGCAAAAUGCUAGGAAGAAUUAUAACACUGUCUCGAAGGAACAAUCAAGCAACGAUUCGAGUACGAAUAGUUUUGAAGAGAAGGAUCCCCAAUCAGAUAAAGCCACCGCUAGUCACUUACAGGAAGAGGAAAAUCACGCAAACACCACACAAAAAAAGUCAAAUAAUUUUAACCACCGUUCUUCGGAACUAUUGUUCUACCCAGUUAUGCUUAUAAAUAACAAACACCAACUUGGUGAAUUGGUGUCCAAAAUACCCAAGUAUAUCAAACCCCAGAGGAGGUACACUCCUUACAGGAAGCUCAGCAGGGAUAAAGAAAACUCCAAUACGCUCCAACGAUGUAGAAGUGAAAUUUGGCAGGAAAAAUACAACGAGAUGGUUUGCGAUAUCGAGAAAGAGCACACUAUCGAUUUUGUUCUCUUCCAGGAGGUCUGCUACUUCCCUCUGUGGCUUUUGAAUUAUGUAAACGACUUGUUCGAGUGCCUGUAA